UACUUCCUGUGUUCAACUUCCGGCUCGUUUGAAGACAAAAUGGCGGCGUCCUUGCAGAGCAUCGUGAGAGCGGUUUCUCGUGUUUCUCCUACUGUUUUGCAAAGAACUCAUCGAGCUCAGACAAUACGCAAUGGAGUUAGAGUUCUGUUUGUUAGUCCGGUCCUGAGACACUUUUCUAAUUCUGCUCAUUUGGCAUGUGAUGGAGUUGGUGCUCGAGCAUCUGAGGCUUUAGAGUCCCAGUCACGUUACAAAGAAAUCCCAUGGGAAUACCUGGAAAGUGAAGAGUACAUUGAACGCUAUGGAUCCCGACUUGUUUGGUCAGACUACAGAAGGAACCAUAAAGGUGGAAUACCUCCCCAGAAGACCAGGAAAACCUGCAUACGAGGGGAGAAGAUUUGCGGCAACCCCUGUCCAAUCUGCCGGGAUCAGAAUAUAAUCAUCCACUAUCAGAAUGUGAAGCUGUUGCAGCAGUUUAUUAGCCCUCACACAGGCAUGUUGUACGAUUCCACUAGGACCGGCGUAUGCAGGAAGCAACAAAAACAACUCGCCAUUGCAAUCGAGACGGCAAGAGACCACGGUUUGAUUCCCACCCAGUUACCUUUUGUGGACUUUUCCGGAGAGGACUUCUCGAAUUCCCAUUUAGCAGUGGGACGUACCCCCGUGCCACCGGGUUACUCUCACGGCGAAACUUGGUACGCGUGGUAUGGUGCUGUGGAGCCCGAUGAACGUGAGCUGGCCCGAGUGAAAAAGCUCUACAAACCUUACCUGAAAUAGAGAUGUUUCCUCAGUGGUCCAUGUUGGGUGGGGGUUGACCUGAUCACUACGACUUAUUCCAGAUGGUUUGCGUAUACAGUGCAGCAUUUUGGAUGCAGUAAUAUAGUAUAGUGGUAUACAUAGUUACACCCAGUAAUACAGGAUGACGCAGGGAAAUUUUGGAACUAGGAACCUACCUGUUUCAAACCCAUUGCCGUUACCUAUAAUGGAGCGGUUCAGUGUAAAGGCUUUUAGAAGAAUGGCGAUAGUGCGAGUGCUGCUCACAGGGAAUAUUACCAGGUAGAAUGUUAUAAUACCAGUCAUCAUGAUGGCAGCUCGAACUGCCUCGAUAUUCUCUGGUGUUCGGGCCGUUCAACACGACCUGGGGACUUUAAGGUCAAACCUGUUUUCUCGAAAUUAGCAUCAUGAUGUCCUAAUUCGUAACAACGCCGAAAUUCCCUUUGAGCAGCACUCACACUAUCGCCAUUCUUAUAAAAGAUAUAACUGAUCACAAGGGAUUCCAAACUGCCGACGCCCCCAGAGGCGCCGAAUCCUAAUUCCAAAACUUCCCGUUAGCCUAUACCACGCUGUAGAUCAAAAGGACAUGAUUAAGAAAUGAAGUCAGAGCAGUGUCUACAGGAAGUGGCAACGCCCUGGUUAAAGAUCUGGGUUAAUGAUUUUAAGAUCGAAGCCCCAGCACCACCAGUCCUCCCACUGUUGGGCUCUUCAGCAAGGCCCUUAAUCCUUCUGCUCCCGGGGCGCUGGAUAACGGAAGCUUAGUUUUUCUUAAUAAACUGGGAUGUGCAAAGAAAGAAUUUCAACAUGCUGUAGUGUAUAUGUGACCAAGCUGUUCUAUUGUGUUUAAAAACUGGGCAAUUCUGGAUGCUUGUUGCUGUGAACUCUUCCAAAAUAAAGACAAGUACAAUCUCCUA